GCGCUUUAUUCAUAGAGGAGAUUUCAGUGCGAACGGUUCGUUCUUGUGGGAAAAAAUCGUGACAACUACUUUUUUUGUGUUUUUAAAAAAAGAAAACAACAGUCGUCUGCUAGUUUUUUUGCAGUGAAUUGAAAGUGUGUGUUUAUUAAAGUGACAGUAGAAAUUUGAAAAAAAAUCACAAAUAUGGCAGACAGUGGUAUCAAACGCAACAUUCCCAUCAAACUCGGUGACUUCAGCGUCAUUGACACCGAAUUUUCAAAUAUCCGAGAGCGCUUCGACGCCGAGAUGAGGAAGAUGGAAGAUGAAAUGUCCCGAUUCAGGAGUGAACUCAUGAACCGGGAAAGCAACAUUUUCAAGAGUACAAUGAGCAAACACCAGACGAAGAGCAGCUCCGAACAGAGGACAACGACGACCUCCAAAUCUGAGAGUUGGGAUAAGACAGAGACCUCGAAACCAACGAGGUCCUCUUUCGACUGUUUUAAAAGUACCACGACGCAAAGCAACCAAAGUCAAAACAACGAUUCGAACACCUGGUUGGAUGGCUACAACAGUCCGCUCAUUCAGGAUGAGGGAAAUAAUAAAAUGCUUAAACUCAGAUUCGACGUCUCUCAAUAUACACCCGAGGAAAUUGUCGUCAAAACUGUCGACAACAAAUUGCUGGUGCACGCCAAGCAUGAGGAGAAAUCUGAAACUAAAUCAGUCUACAGAGAAUACAACAGAGAAUUCCUUCUUCCAAAAGGAACCAAUCCGGAGAGCAUUAAAUCCUCAUUGAGCAAGGAUGGCGUUCUCACCGUUGAAGCACCUUUGCCAGCAAUCGGCCAGGGAGAGAAACUCAUCCCAAUUGCGCACCAGUAAAUUAUUAAAAAAAAACAUACGCCCAUAAAUGAUUGUUAAGUCAUAAUUUUUUGGUUUCCCCCCACCCCUACUUCGAGUCCCUUUUCCUCCUCGACGUUUUUUUUCAAUUCUUCUCCAAAAAAAAAAAAUUGUUUUCAAAAAUAUUUUCGGCACAAAAAAAAAUAAAAACUUUUGUGAAAAUUAUUUUCGUUGCGGAAAAAACAACGUUUUUCAAAAAAACACUAUUUUCGACGGAAAAACAAAAAUAUUUUCCCUAAAAUCUAUUUUCUUUUUUGAAAAAAAAUAAUUAUUAUUGUCAUUUAGAGAAAAAAAAUAUUGUACUUUAUCUUCGUUUCUUUCCCCUCUUCGCUGAAUUUUAUUUUUCCGAAAAAAUCCAAGUAAAAAUAAUUUUGUUAAUUAAAAUUCUUUUCUCGCGUUUUUUUCGCAAAUAAAUCGACGACGAUGCCUAUAUAUUUGUAACAACGAAGACUUUUUUUAUAUACACGAAGUUACGAACGCGAAGGAAGGAUUUAUUUUUGUUAAACAAAAAAAAAACAGAAAUUCUUUGCGAAAAUUUUACUGUAAUUCUGUACUUUUUACGAGGAACAGAUUUUCAGUGAAAGAUAUAAUAAGUUUGCUGCUUUUUGGGGAAAAAUAAAUUAUAUUUGACCAAUUAAAAAUUAUUGCGGAAGAGAAAAAAUAUUGAAACACGAUUUUUCGAACGUUUGUGAGGAAAAUGUAAAUUAUAAUAUUUUUCUUUCGAGAAUGAAUAUAUUAUAGAAUUGAUAAAAAAAACAAACCUUCGAAAGCAUAGCGUAUGUAAGCAUUAUAUAAUUAAUAUUAUUUAUGAAUAUUUUAAUACUUUCGAAAGAACGUAAUAUUUAAUGAAAAUGGAGAUAAAUAAAAUUGGAUUUUAAAAUGA